AUGGAGCCCGGCGGCAGCCGCGUUGGACGCCUGUAUCUCUUGUCCAGCAUCUUUGCCUCUUUCCACUACAGUUUGCUCCUCUGCCUCACUGGCCUGUUCUUCGCCUUCCCUUGCACCUGGCUCACUCUCCACGUCUCCUGGGGCUUCCCCAUCAUCUGCGGCCUCCUCUUCAUCCCCACCAUGAUCUUCUUCCUCUUCGCCAGUUUCACCGACACGGGCGUUCUCCGCAAAGGCAUCGAAGCUGAGCUGGCGAACCAGGCGGUGAUCAUAAGAGCACCCAGACAGCAUUGGUGUAACCGCUGCCAGCUCCACGGCCUGCCGCACACCUUCCACUGCGCCUGGUGCAAUACCUGUGUAGAGGACUUUGAUCACCACUGCAUGUGGAUCAACAACUGCGUUGGCCGCCACAACAUCCGCUCCUUCUUCCUCUUUGUGGUCUUCCUGAGCAGUUACAACGCAGCCGUCAUGGCUUCCUGCCUCGCCUACCUGGUGCUCAACUCCCAGCAGCCCUUCAGCGUGGAGAAGAUUUGCACAAUCGUGGUGACCAUCCCCACGGCCUUCUACCUCCUCCCGCUACUCAUCCAGCUCAGCAACCAGCUCGGCAACAUUUGGACGGCUCGAUACAGAUGCAAGCUCCAGGAUCACGCUACGCAAAGGAAAUCCUUCCCAACUCCCCUGGCCUGGUGGUGGACCCCAGCUUUGCACAUCCAGCACAGAUCAAGGUCCAGGGGGACAUCGGCCACGCCAAAAGCACCGGCCCAGAAAGCCCGGAAAGCUCUGGCACUCCUCCAGUUCCCCCCGUUUUCCAGCUCCCGCCUGACCACUCCAAGCCCUUCCCCGGGCGGCUGCCCUGGAGCCAAGCCGGGUGAGUGGAGAGCAACCAACGCCUGGCGCCACUUCCUGGCUUCCAUGGGAAGCAUUCUGCAUCCGAAGGGUUCCGCUCCGGGAGAGUCGACACAGCACGUUGCGCAGGAGGCCACCAAGAAGAAAAGCAGCUGGUCUCUGAACACCGCGGACAGGAGGACAGAGAUCCCCAUCCCAGAAAUGCCGGAGUCCCUGCAGCUGCUGGAUGAAGACCAAGACACUCACUGGAAAUGCCAGCUCUACAUCAACAGACGUGCCCCUUCGUCCCCCACGGGCACCCUCCUCUCUCUGUCAGAUAUCUGA